CAGGGACCCCCCUGUCCUUUCUUCCCUGGCCUUUUUGCAGUGGCUUUAUCAGUGGUGGCUGCUCAGGCCCUGGGCUCAGCCCCUUCCAUUUCCCCCAGACUUACAAUCGCAGUUGGCUCCGUGGAAGCAUUUUGGGCCGUGUUCCUGCUUCAGGCCCCCAGCCCCGCUCCUCCUCUGCCUCCAUUCUCUCUCAGCACCCCUCAAUCAGGGCGGCAGCAGUGCCUGCUCAGCCCCGGUGGGAUCCACCAGCAGCCAGCUCUGUCUGCCCCACACAACCGGUACCACCGCUUCGGUUAAACAUUGACUGGUGCCAGCCCUGCAGGAGGGUGGCAUGGGGGGGAGGUGAGGCUGGGGGGCAGGCAACGGGUGCUGCAUGGGGUCACUUCACCUCAGGAGGGAUGGAGGAGGUCUCAGCAUCAACUGCAUUUCCCAACUUAUUGACACUGGACCCCUGAGCCUCCUUCAUGGUUGGGGUCUCUAUGGAUCCGAUGGGGGAAAGGCUUUGGGAGCCUUCAGGUUGUCCAGUAUCUGGGUAAACAGGGGUUACUGGUGCUGGGAAAGCAGCUCCUGGAGCUGUCGCGUUGUUGGUACAGGGAACUGCUGGGAUUAUGUGACACUGAGGGCACCGCGAUGCCCCGGGAUGCUGCCGUCGGAGGGCACCAACCGGGACCGGCCCCAGGGAACUGCCGGGGGGGAAAGGCAGGGAGGGGGGAAUCGGUGAGCACCGCCCGCUCGGGGCGGUCCCAGCCCACCGGGAGGGGAUAAAAGCCGGGCUGGGAGCGGGGUCGGGGGAACCGGGCGAGAUGAGCGCGGCCCCAGGCACCUCCCGCGCCCCACAGCCGCUGCUCCGCUUCCCCGACGGGGCGGGCGGUCCUGCGGCGGGGACAGAGAACCGAGCUCCGGGGCCCUUCCCCUGCCCGGGGGGACCAAGGAAGAGGCGGCGGACUACGUUCAGCCGUGGGCAGCUGUCAGAACUGGAGAGGGCUUUUGCCGCUGUGCCCUACCCGGACAUCGCCACCCGAGAACGCCUUGCUGAGCUCACGCAGCUGCCUGAGGCCAAGAUCCAGGUCUGGUUCCAGAACCGCCGUGCUCGCAGGAUCCGCAGCGCCAAACCGGAGCCACCACUGUCACCACCACCAGGGGAACAGGAUCCGCCCGUGGUGACCCCCGAAAGCACCAUCCCGGUUCCCACGCUGCCACCAUCGAGAGCCCACAGCCCUGCAUGGGGCCUCCCCACCUCGCUGGGCUCUAUCUCUGACCUUAUCUACAGUGCAGCCAUCACCAAUCUGGGCGAGCCGUAAGCGGGGUGCGCUGGGGCUUAAUGUUCUGACUUCAUUAGGGUGUGGAAUUACUGCUGGGCCCAGCGGUCCCUACAACGCCAUCCAAUAUCCUAAAUGCUGGUGCAGCCGUGACGGGGCCAGCUCCCAAUCAGCCCCCCUAAUACCAACUAAUCUUUUGGAAAAAUACCUUAAUCUGAGGCAGGAUCCGCGGAUGAUUGUGGCGUGGCCGCCCCUAAUCCUCGGGCACGUUUGCAGGUGCCGGCAGAUUUCCCCGUAUCAGAUAUUAAAGUGUGUUCACAGAGGGGCUUAGCUGCCAUCAGAGCAUUAAUCACCGUGUCCAGCUCUGGCAUAGUUCCCACCCAGCAGGUGUCUGGUUCCCCGGGGGGCCCAGCAGAGCCCCCUCCCUGCUGCAUGGCCAUGGGGGCACUCAGCGAGUUCUGCUCUCUGCUCCAUGGCACCCGAGAAGCCCCCAGGCUCCUUUUGGAGCUGCCUUCCCUCCUCAGCCAGAGAAAAUGGGUUUGGUAUGAGCUGUGCUGGGAGCCAGGUGCCAACUCCAACAUGGUCACACCAGGUGUUGUCAUCCUGGACAGAUCUCUGUAGAAGGCAACCAUCAUCACGUACUGUCAAGUUGACAAUGAGUGAGUACUGCUUUCCCUAAAACAGGCAGGGGACCAGGUGGGAGGAGGAAGGACAGGCUAAGCAAGAGCCCUAGUUUCCACAGGAGACAGCAGGAUGUGAG